AUGGCCAUCUCCUCGGCCGCGCUGCGAGCCAGCGGCCAGCUCGUUCGUCUGCGAGCUGCUCCUGUAGCUGCAACUUUCAGACGCUCCCAGAUCUCUCCCUUUACGACCUGCCGUCGCUGCCUGCAAUUGGCAAGCCAGCAGGUUCCGUCGUCGCGUCGUGCCGUCCACACCACCUCCGUCGCUGACCAUGGAGACCCCAGCCCGCGAGACCUGUUCCAGCCUCUCGAUACCUUCCCCCGCCGGCACAUUGGCCCGACUCCAGACGCCGCGAAAGAGAUGCUGGCGGCUCUCGACCCUCCGGCCGCCGAUUUGGACGAGUUCGUGAAGCAGGUGCUUCCCGCAGAUAUCCUGUCCAAGAAGGAUUUGACCGUCUCCCCUCCCAGUGUCUCGCUGGAUCUCUACCGGGAUCCUGCAUACGGCGGGGUCGGCGAAACAGACAUGCUGAAGCUGCUGAGCGAGUAUCGGAAGCAGAUCAGCACGGCAGGAAAGUCGUACAUCGGUGGUGGAUAUUACCCGACCAUCGUGCCGCCCGUGAUCCUUCGGAAUAUCCUCGAAAACCCCGCCUGGUACACGAGCUACACUCCUUAUCAGCCCGAGAUCAGCCAGGGCCGUCUCGAGUCGCUGCUGAACUUCCAGACCCUGACGGCCGAUCUGACCGGCCUGCCCGUGGCCAAUGCGUCGUCUCCCCUCCCCAAGCAGAAGAAGCCCGGGAAGGCAUUCGUCGUGUCGCAUCUCUGCCAUCCGCAGACCAUUGCCGUCAUGCGUUCUCGCGCUGAAGGCUUUGGCAUCAACCUGGUGAUCGGUGAUAUCAUGGCAGACAACUUUAAGCUGGUGAAGGAGCAGGGAGACAACCUGGUCGGUGUUCUUGCUCAGUAUCCUGACACGGAGGGCGGGGUCCUUGAUUUCAGCGCGCUUGGAGAAACCGUUCAUCAAUUGGGUGGAACUUUCGCGGUGGCGACCGAUCUGCUGGCGUUGACGGUCUUGAAGGCGCCCGGGGAGUUCGGCGCCGACAUCGCCUUUGGCAGCGCGCAGCGUCUGGGUGUCCCGAUGGGCUUCGGAGGACCGCAUGCGGCAUUCUUCGCUUGCGCAGACAAGUACAAGCGCAAGAUCCCAGGCCGUCUGGUGGGCGUGACCAAGGACCGGCUGGGGAAUCGUGCGUUGAGAUUGGCCCUGCAGACGCGAGAGCAACACAUUCGCCGUGAGAAGGCCACCAGCAACAUCUGCACGGCGCAGGCCUUGCUGGCCAACAUGAGCGCCAUGUAUGCCGUGUACCACGGUCCUCAGGGACUGAAGGCGAUUGCUCAGCGUAUUAUGGCCUUGACUGCUCUGCUCCGGGAGAAACUGCAGGAGUUGGGCUACAACGCGCCCAUCCGGAGCAACACUCCUGAUGGCGGUGUCUUGUUCGAUACCAUUACUGUCGAGUUGCCUGACAGCAAGGCGGCGGAUGCGAUUAUGGAGGCGGCUCGCGCGUCAGGGUUGUUCUUCCGCCGGAUUGACUCUGCAAAGAUCGGUCUGUCCUUGGAUGAGACGGUCGGCAAGGGCGACAUUACUUCCAUUUUGCAGGUCUUCUCUGCGCAAGCCUCCAAGGGCGAUGUGAAGGUUGACGACACGCUUGGUGCCGUCAGCGUCCCAGCUAGCCUGGCGCGGACAUCCCCUUACCUGACACAUCCCGUCUUCAACUCGUAUCAUUCGGAAACAGACAUGCUGCGGUACAUCCGGCACCUCGAAUCGAAAGAUCUUUCUCUGGCCCAUUCGAUGAUUCCCCUCGGCUCGUGCACCAUGAAGCUCAACGCGACCACCGAGAUGAUUCCGGUGUCGUGGCCGGAGUUCUCACAGAUCCAUCCAUUCAUGCCUGCGGAUACGGUCAAGGGAUACACGCAGCUCAUCGACGAUCUUCAACGGCAGUUGGCCGACAUUACUGGCAUGGCCGAAGUCACGGUGCAGCCCAACUCGGGUGCCCAGGGUGAGUUCGCGGGUCUGCGGGUGAUCAAGAAGUACCACGAGGCAAAUGGUUCGAAGAACCGGAACGUGUGCCUGAUCCCAGUUUCCGCGCACGGCACCAACCCUGCCAGCGCUGCCAUGGCCGGGAUGCGCGUGGUGCCCAUCAAGUGUGACGCGAAGACGGGCAAUCUCGAUCUCGCCGACCUCAAGGCCAAGUGCGAGAAGCACAAGGAUGAGCUGGCGGCGAUCAUGGUCACCUACCCAAGCACGUUUGGCGUCUUCGAGCCCGGCAUCAAGGAGGUGUGCAACAUCGUCCACCAGUACGGCGGACAGGUCUACAUGGACGGCGCCAACAUGAAUGCCCAGAUCGGGCUGUGCUCUCCCGGCGAGAUUGGGGCCGAUGUUUGCCAUCUGAACCUGCACAAGACAUUCUGUAUUCCUCACGGCGGUGGCGGUCCCGGUGUUGGCCCGAUCGGUGUUGCUGAGCAUCUGCGGCCAUUCCUGCCUUCGCACCCGGCCAGCGAGCAUCUCCAGUCGAAGCGAUCCGACUCUGCGUCGCCGCCGAUCAGCGCAGCGCCGUUUGGCAGCGCCAGCAUUCUCCCCAUCACGUUCAACUACAUCAACAUGAUGGGAGCCAAGGGCCUGACGCAUGCGACCAAGAUGACGUUGCUCAAUGCCAAUUACAUUCUCUCGCGUCUCAAGGGGCACUACCCGAUCCUGUACACGAACGAGAACGAACGGUGCGCGCACGAAUUCAUCCUGGAUGUGCGCCAGUUUAAGGAGACGGCGGGGAUUGAGGCGAUUGAUAUCGCGAAGCGGCUGCAGGACUACGGAUUCCACGCGCCGACCAUGUCGUGGCCGGUCGCCAACACGCUGAUGAUCGAGCCGACCGAGUCGGAGAACAAAGCGGAGCUGGACCGGUUCUGCGAUGCGCUCAUCUCGAUCCGUGAGGAGAUUGCGGCCGUGGAGAGGGGAGAACAGCCGCGCGAGGGCAACGUGUUGAAGAACGCACCGCACACGCAGCGCGACUUGCUUGCCAGCGAAUGGAACCGGCCGUACUCGCGGGAGAAGGCGGCCUACCCGCUGCCAUGGCUGGUGGAGAAGAAGUUCUGGCCUUCGGUGACGAGGGUUGAUGACGCAUACGGUGACCAGAACCUGUUCUGCACCUGCGGACCAGUAGAGAAUGCUGCUUGA